AUGGCCCGGAGACGCAGCACUACCAGCAUCUCAGCAACACGGCCCGUCUUUCCAAGUUUCUUGCUGCCAAGUUUUAAUUUCGCCUUCCACCGACGGCGAUCGAUGCUUGGUUCGUCGUCUACGGCCUCAUCAAGUCCAGCAGGCUCGGCCGUCUCGUCGACACUGACAACACCCUCCAACAGCCCACCGGCACAUGGCCCGGCCUCCAAACACCCAACUUCGGAACGUUGCUUAUCGCGCAGCGCCCCAGAUACCCUUCGCUGCAUGACCUGCUCGACGGAUCUGGCUCUCACAUCGCAGAUUAUCUCAAAAGGCUUUACCGGUCGCUAUGGACGAGCUUUCUUAGUCGCGCCGCCGCCGCCGCCAGCUGACAACACGACUCUUCUGAAUAUUCGCAUUGGAAGAAGUGAGGACAGGCAGCUCGUUACCGGGUGGCACGUUGUUGCGGAUAUUUGUUGUGCGACAUGUACACGCAAGCUCGGAUGGAAGUAUGUUGAUGCUACAGAGCCGUCGCAAAAAUACAAGGUGGGAAAAUAUAUCCUGGAGACGGAACGAGUCAUGUCGCACCGGAGCUGGGAGGACUAUAAUGUCCAGGAUCUCGGGUUUCUUGGACAAGAAGGUCGCGAGAUUGAAGGGCGGAGCAGCGAUGAGAUUGUGUUUGAUUCGGAUGACGAUGAGGAGUGUGAGGACAUAUUCGCGGGGACAUGGGAUGCUGCUACGGUAGCCAAGAGAAGGAGUGAGUCGAUUGCGAGACGGAUUUCGGCGAUGGAGUAA